AUGGCUGCAAAACGGUACUUGGAGUCUGUGAAUCCUGUGGUUUUGAGGAAGUUACCUUGACUGAAGACAGAGCUCACAGCCAGCAGAAUCCAAGACACAUCCUGCCCUAGCCUGGGCCACAUGCUGCAGCCCCCAGGCACCCAGAAGGGCUUGGACAGCCUGAUGCAGGAGCAGCUGCUGGCCAGGUCGUUGGCUGGACACCCCUUACCAGCGAAGGAGCCAGAGGUGAAGAAGGCAGAUGGGCUGCUGGUCCCCCAGCCAGUGUACAGAAACCCCUCCUACUUUCUGCCCCACACCAUGGCUCCUGCACUAGCACCACCAGUGAAGAGCCUGCAGCAGAGAGAAGGGGAAGCCUGCCAGGCUCUGCCCCCUGUUCCUGGCACUCUCCACCCCAGUAAGCCCCGUGAGACGGGUCCCUGCUCUGACCCCAACCUCCUGCCACUGCCCUCCAGCCUGGCACUGCCCACCAAGGAGCAGGUGGGCUCCCCCAUUGCCUCAGCCCACAACUGUCUUGUCACCUAUGAUAAAUGCAGCUCCUCCCCCAGCACCCUAUUCCUGGAACCCCCUGUCCAGAGCCAGAGAAAGGUGCCUGAGGUCCCCAGCCUUAACCUGGACCCCUGGCCCAAGCUCCGGCCACCUGAUCCUGGCUUGGCAAACUGGGAGAGGCCACCCAUAUGCUACCCAUCCACCAAAUACCCUCAAUCUCCCUACAGUCUUGCCCUCCACUACCCUUUCCUCAUGCUCCAGGCCCCAAGGUGCUACUUUCCCAACCUUUUUGACACCUGUGUGCCGAGGGCAGCGGGUGCUGGUGUGGUAGCAUCACCUCCCACCCAGCCCAUGGUGGUGCCAAGGGAUGCUGAGCCUCCCAGGCAUGCUGGGCACCCUGGUUUUGCCUUGAGCCCUGAGGAUGCAUCCAUGUUCCACACCUCCUGUGCCAGAAUGGAGCCAGGAUGUGAGCAGCAUCAGGCAGAAAGUCCACAGUGGCAAAGGUCAUCAAGGCACAGCAGUGCUUUCCAACCUGUCUGCACAUCAAAGAAGCUUUCCAGGGGCUCCAGUUGGUUCACAGAGAUGUUUCCCGAAGAAGAAGGUGGCUGGAAGAAACCUAGCCAGGAGGAGCAGAAGGCCCCUUUUCCUGAAAGGAAGAUCACCAGCCCAGCCCCUCAGGACACCUGCCAUGGGGCACCAGUGUCUUUUGUCAUCAGAGGGCAGGGAGAUGCCUGCAAGGUCAAGGAUGAAGCUGAGGAGCUCAUCCCACCUUCUCCAGCCAUGACCCCUCUGAAGGAGCUGGAAGAUCUGAGGGACACAAAGGUUAUUCCUUCCUCCCCGCCCAUGCCCGUGAUCCACGAUGUCUUCAGCCUGGCACCUCAGCUGGAUGUUACUGAGGCCUCAGACCAUAUCAUCUAUUGCAGGGAGCAUCUGUGGGGGGACUGCUUACCCCAAAACUCGGGCAGCAACCAUGUUUCUGUCAUCAAAAAGCAGUCAGUAGUGAGGACGGGCAGUGAUGCAAGGCAGAGCCCAAGGGGAAGUGAGAUGGUCCCCAAACAGCCAAAGCCUGUGCCCCAACCGGUGGAGUCUCAGUGUGACAACCCUCUGGGCAUCUACACUCAGGAGGGCAGCCCUGGCAGUGUGGGCAGUGGGGAGCUGACCCCCGAAGACAUGGUGCUGGACUUCAGCUUGAAGAAGAGUGUGGUGGAAGCUGAGGAGACCCAGGGACCCAUUGGCCAUGCGGAGAUGCCGGCCGGCGAGCAUGUGGAGGAGAGGGAGAAAGAGGGUGCAGAGGGAAAGGUGGUGGUGGGAGAGGAUGCUCAGCUCCAGCUGUUCAACAUGGGCUUUGGGGACAAGAGCAACUUCGAGAGCUCAAUCAACCUCAUGUUCAAAAAAUACAAGCUCCUGUCCUCUGUAACGUUCGGCUCCAAGGCCAGUGAGCAGGAUGGGGGCCACUGUGGCCUCCAGCUCAGCCCACCCAGCAGCACUCCCACACUGACCCCCCCAACCUCCCCACCAGCCAGCCAGGUGAUGCCCCCACCUGGCCCCCAGCCCAGCUUCACAGCUCUGCAGGGAGAUCCCCCUGCAGCCCCUGGCACCCUUGGGGAGGAGUGGGACGGGCAGUCUUGGGACUGCCCCCCAAAGACUCUGUGUAGUACGUACUUCACCAGCCUGCACACCUGCAUCUGUGACAGGAUUUCGAACUCUGUGUACCACUGCUCCCCAGAGCUGCUGCAGCAAUGGCUGAAGAAGGCAGAUCCGGUAGAGGAACCAGGGGAGACACUCAAAUCCCUGGCCAAGGCCAAGAAAAACUUCCGGACGUGUGGUCCUCAGAAGCUCACCAAAGACAAGGAGAUCUGGCUGGCUUUCGAGGAUGUGUCCCAUCUCCUCACCAAACUUCUCCACCAGCUGAAGAGCUUCAUGUUGUCUUGCCCUUUCCCCCAUGUUGUCCGGGCGGGAACCAUCUUCAUCCCCAUCCAUUUGGUGAAGAAUCAGCUCUUCCCGAUGCUCCCCAGAGCCUCCAUUGACCAAGUGCUGCAGAAGCACAAGGUGGAGUUGCGUCCCACCACACUGUCAGAGGAGAGGCGCCUGAGGAGCAUGAAGCUGCAGGGCUGCUCCUCCCGCAUGCUGAAGCUCCUGGCACUCAAGCAGUUUCCUGAAAUCUACACUCCCUCCACUGGCUCAACUCCAUCCAUCAGCUCACCAGUGCAUGUGCUGCCCUUGCAAUUCCGACUGCUGGGAAUCACCUACACCCCAGCUCUGGGCGGCAGGAAUUCAGAGACCUACAGGGAGUUGGAGGGAGAUGUGAAGAUGAUGCUAACCCAGCUGCUGUUGAGCUAUGAGACCUUCCUGGAGGCAAAUGUUCUCGAGUUUCUGAAUGGCUCAGUGGUUGUGCGAGGGGAGGUUCUGUUCCAGGGGGAUUCUCCUGCUCCCACCAACUCCCACCUCAUCCGGACAGUCAUCACGGAGGUGAGCAAGGGAAGGAGCAUCUUCAGCUGGCAACUGGAGCCCCAGUCUGUCCAGUCCAGUGGCUUCAGCCUGGAGAACCUGGAACCAGAGAAGCUGUCCAUCUCCCUCUCUGGCUUCCAGCUUGGGAUGAGCAGGGUGGAUUCCCUGGAUAGGCUGGUCAGCGAGAUGACUUCAUCUGUUGGUCCCCUCUACCCUGUGAGGAACUUCAGUAUUGUCCAGAUCAGGAACUUAGAUGGGAACCCAGAGCUCACUGGAGACCUCUACCUUGACACAGUUGUCCAUGCUGAUGUUACAGAGGUUCUGCAGGCACUGGUCACACUUGCAACCCUCCCUGUGGACCUGACCUCUCUCUCUGUGGAGGGGUCCAAGCUUCACCUGCAGGUGUACCCACUCUCCUUCAUCAUCACCAACAGACUCUUCAGCCAGGACCUUCAGGACCCACUUGAUGUAGAGCACCAGGAUCUUGCCAGGGACCUUGGAGAUGCGGCUUUGGCUGGCUCAGAUAUCCAGGUGGAUCCAUACUCUUUUGCUGUGGGAGAUGACACCCUGGACCCCCCUGUGCCCCAGCCAGGCUUUCCAGCACAUGGUGUGGCCUUCAUGGUUGUGGGUGGCCUCUGCAUCAUCACUGCUCCUGUUUUGCUGGUGUUCCUGGGGACAAGGAGGCUUGGCUGGCAGGAUGAGACAGCCCUGUGGGACAGAGGAGACCCUGAAGUGGGGAUCCAGACACUGGAAAUGAAUAACCUGGGAUUCUGGGAAGAA